AUGCGUCUUGUUAAGCGCAACAUCAAUAGUGAUGGCUCGGGCGCAGUCACACUAUGCCCGGAAGAACCAGAAGACAUGUGGCACGCCUACAAUCUUGUGCUCAUAGGUGAUUUCUUGACUGCAUCGGCUGUCCGCCGAGUCACGAACGAGUCUUCAACGACAGGUUCAACAUCGUCCCAGAGAGUACAUACAAAUCUCAGCAUCAAAGUAAAGUCUUUGGACUUUGAUCCACAAGCUGGUCAGCUGCAUGUUUCUGGACAAAUCGCUCGGGAGAACAAGUAUGCCAAAAUUGGUCAGCAUCAUACAUUGGACCUUGAGCUGAAUAGAAACUUUACGAUUGAUAAAGUGGUCGAAGGCAAAGAUGGAGGAGCAGGCUGGGAUAGUGUUGCUCAAGCACAAUUGAUGGAAGCCGUCGACCCCAACAAAAGCACAGAGGCAGUCGCAGUUGUCAUGCAAGAAGGCCUUGGCAAUAUUUGUUUCUUAACCUCACAUCAAACCAUCCUGAGGCAGAGAGUCGAAGCCAGCGUGCCGAGGAAACGAACGGGUGCUGGCCGAAGCGCAGACCACGACAAGGGACUACAGAAGUUCUAUAGCACAGUCCUGGAUACUUUACUGCGACAACUUGAGGUGCUUCUCGAGAAUAAGGAUAGCUCCGCGUCAUUUCCUAUCCUCCUAGCAAGUCCAGGUUUCGUUGCACAGGGCUUCCUCAAGUAUAUCAAUGAAAUUGCCGCCAACAGAGGAGAAAAGUUUUUACAGGAUUUGGUUAAGCGGAAGGCAUUCAUAGUCGUCCACAGCAGUUCAGGCCAUUUACAUAGUCUCAAUGAAGUCCUGAAUAGCCCCGAAGUGCGAGCUCGCCUACAAAACACACAGUACGCUCGCGAGACGGCGGUUAUGGAUGACUUCUUUGCACUCUUGCGAAAAGACGAUGGGAGGGCUUGGUAUGGCCCAAGAGAAGUAGAGCAAGCUGUUGAUAAAGGCGCUGUUGGCCGAGGAGGUGGUGUGCUCCUGGUCAACAACGAUUUGUUUCGAAGUCAGGACGUCGUGACUCGGAGAAGGUGGGUAACGCUGGUUGAUCGAGUCAGAGAUGUGGAAGGAGGAGAGGUACGGAUACUCAGUAGCGAUCACGAGAGUGGAAAGAGGCUGGAAGGCUUAGGAGGAAUUGCAGCUAUCUUGACCUUCCCCAUCGAGGAAAUGGACGAUGUGGAAGGUAGUGAGGACGAACAAGCAAAGGAUGAUACCUAG